AAACGUCGUCGUAACAAAGUAUUUCCCGCGUUAUCGCCUGCUUGUUUUGCUCAAUCGUAGCCAGAAUUUCAAGUUGUGUUCUGCAAAAUCUAUCGAAAUGGCAGUUUUUGAGUCACCAAAACCCAGAAUAAACAAUUCUAUGCUGUCUCAAUAUAUCAGCAGGCCGAUUUGCUUCGUUGGACGUGUUGAGAAGGUCCAUCCAACAGGAAAAUCAUUCACUCUUUCGGAUGGAGAAGGGAAGUCUGCAUCAGUGGAACUUAAUGAACCCCUUGAUGAGGAGUUGAGUGGGGUGGUGGAGGUGGUUGGUGUAGUGUCCAACAAAGGGGCAAUAAUGGCCUCUGCAUACAACAUGCUCAGAGAAGACCAAGGCAUUCCUUUUGACCUGGAGCUGUACAAUGAAGCCCUGAAAGUCAUCCAUGAAUACCCCCAGCACUAUCCGUUUGAAUUAGCCACCAGUGGAUGAGCACUAUCCACUUAUUCAUUCAGAUCAUUGUCAAUGUGAACCUCAAUUGUCUUGUUGCCUUUUUUUUAUAUAUAUAUAUCUCAGUUCUAAAUAGAUAUGUAUAGUUUUUUUUUCUAUUUCUUUGUUUUGAAAAUAAAAGCCUUUAACUUGUCUGUGUUUAGUCAUUAUAACAAUCUUCGUAAAUAAACUUAAAAUGACCUAUGAUACAGUUUGAGAUUAUCAGCAUCAACUAAACUGUGCUUUAUUGACAUCUCAACCAAGUUACUUUCUCAGGAUAAUUGAUAUAAACUGUAUUUCAAAUCUGAAUUGAAAUGGCUGUGUUAUAGUACCCUCUGUUGGUACAAAUGUUCAACAAGCUACUGUACUGCUGUAACCACACUUCUCUACCCUGCCACCAAGUGGUGAGGUAGGGACUAAAAUAAGCUUCAGCAUCACUUAUCAGCAAAAAGUGAAGUUUCCCCACACACAAUAAACUGAAUGUUAACUUUCAAGA